AUGGAGGAGAAUACGACCGGCGAGUUUGAUCCGUGCGGAUUGCAGCCGCACGACUUCCUCGAGGUCAAAUUCUUCAUGAUCAGCGUCAUCGGCACACUCAUUGGACUAUUCGGCUUAUUUGGAAAUGCGACGACCGCCCUUAUUCUGACAAGACCGUCGAUGCGAAAUCCGAACAAUUUGUUCCUGACAGCUCUCGCCGUGUUCGACUCAUGCCUUCUGAUCACCGCAUUCUUCAUCUACGCCAUGGAGUAUAUCAUCGAGUACACGGCUGAUUUCGACUUGUACGUCGCAUGGCUCACUUAUUUGAGGUUCGCGUUUGCUCUAUCCCACAUCUCACAGACGGGAAGUGUCUACAUUACGGUAGCAGUGACGAUCGAGCGUUAUUUGGCUGUGUGCCAUCCGAGACGGAGCAAGGCGAUGUGUGGACCAGGCGGCGCUGCGUGGACGAUCCUUGGUGUUACCACCUUCGCUGUCGUCUUCAAUUGCACAAAAUUCUUCGAGCUUCAAGUCACUAUCAAUCCGGACUGUCCAGACGGCAGCAAUUGGCAAUCUUACAUCCUUUUGCCGUCUGCAAUGGCAAGCAAUCCCGUAUAUCAACAGGUAUAUUCGCUGUGGGUCACAAAUUUCGUCAUGGUAUUUUUCCCAUUUCUAACGCUCCUUUUAUUCAACGCAAUAAUCGCCUACACGAUUCGUCAAAGUCUCGAAAAAUAUGACUAUCACAAUCAGAAAACAAUUAUGGCGGCUUUGUCGAACACCGCGAAAUUGCAGCGUGGUAUCGCCGGAAUUUCGAGUCGAAACGAGCUCAAAGAAAAGAGCCGAGAGGCGACUCUCGUCCUCGUCAUUAUCGUUUUCAUUUUUCUUGGCUGCAAUUUCUGGGGAUUCGUGCUAACACUGCUCGAACGCAUCAUGGGAUUAGAUAUUCUGCUCAGUGAACAUCGAAUAUUUUACACAUUUUCGCGCGAAGCGAUCAACUUCCUCGCCAUCAUCAAUUCAUCGAUCAAUUUUGUGAUCUACCUGCUAUUCGGAAAGGAUUUCCGAAAAGAGUUGGUAGUAGUUUAUGGUUGCGGAAUCCGAGGAGUGACGAUGAGGCUGCCGGUUCAAGACAAAUUCGCCAUCUGGAGGCAUUGGACGAAGCGGACGAAGAAUAUGAGGCGAUCGAUGAGCAUUUCUCCGCGAACGAGGCACAAGAUCUCGCUUCCGACGAUAAUCUCCGAACGCGCAAAUCUCGAGGGUCUCGAACAGACGCGAUUUUUGGCAUCUCAAGAAGAUGGAUGCCUUGUAACUCAUAUGUCUCCAAUUCAUGCACUUAGAAAUGGAAUCAACGACGGAAACACGAAUUUCCGAACGACGAAGACGGCGGCGAUUUACGAGAACAGCAAUGGCAACGGCGCGGUCACAAUGUGCACCAUCACCGAAACAGUCUAA